UGUAUAACCCAUUUCAGCGAUGGUCACAUUAUAUAUAAUUUUUAUUACUGAUACACAACGUACACAAUAUAUGUUAAAUUAAACGGUGUUGAGAUUCCGUUAUUUAGGGUAGAUAACCAACCAACAAUUGCAAUCAGGAUUCCUAUUUUUUUUUCUUUUUGAUUUUGUGUUUAUGUUGAUGAUCAUGUUAUGAAUGCGUCUUGCACGGGAUUUGCUUGUACAAGGAUGGGAGGCAUUCGAAAAGCAUGCAAAUCAUUUCUCUCCAAACACCAUUUUGGCAAGAAAUCACACCGCAAACACCAAUCCCUGCAGGUUGAUGCAAAUGACAAUGGAGAUGGAGAUAGAGAUAGAGAUGGAGAUGAAACACGAGAUGUUACUUCUCCUAAAGUCACGAUUUCAAGAACUGCAAGCACGGGUUUUUUGCCGAGGUGUCUGUCCAAAUCAACGAGCGAGAGAAGGAGCAAGACCCCAGGCCGUAUCCGGCCCGGGAAUAGUCUGCUAAGAAGCUUUAGCAGGAAGAACAACUCCUUUCACAAUGCCCCUUCUUUUUCUAAAAGGACUAAUUCAACCAUUAUCUAUUCCAAUGCUAAUGGACUCCAGAAACCUCCCGAUAUGGUGAAGCGGCUAGAGUGCACCCUCGAAGAACUGUGCUUUGGGUGCAUCAAGAGGGUCAAUAUCACACGUGACAUACUUACAAGUGAGGGGCAAAUAAUACAAGAAGAGGAAGUGCUAACAAUCAAAGUGAAGCCGGGAUGGACGAAAGGAACGAAAAUCACCUUCGAGGGUAUGGGUAACGAGACACCGGGUACCUCUGCAGCUGAUAUUACCUUUGUAAUAGACGAGAAACCGCACCCUGUUUUUAAAAGAAAUGGGAAUGAUUUGGAAGUAACCAUUGAACUUCCUUUAGUAGACGCGUUGACUGGUUGCACCCUCACUGUACCCUCACUAGGUGCGCAGGAGUCAUGUUUAACGAUUGAUGACAUAAUUACCCCCGGAUACAGGAAAACCAUUCCAGGACAAGGCAUGCCUUUGCCAAAAGAAGAAGAAACAAGAGGAAACUUGAACAUAAAAUUCUCAGUUCAGUUUCCACAGCAUUUGACCGAAGAACAACGAUCCGAAUGUUUUAAUAUCUUGCAAGAUUCAUGUUGAUAUGAAAUAGUUUAAAAAGGAAUUAUAAAAGUGUAGCAAUAAUUAUACAUUCACACAGUUUUUCUUUUUUA